UUAGAAUUAAAUGUGGAGUGGAGCUUUAUAGUUAGGGUAGGAUACUUGUUGACAUCAUGUGAACUGCGUACCGUCAAAAUUAUUCGGCAAUCCUAAUUUAUUCGAAAACACCGUUUACAUUAUAAUUUGUCGCAAUGGAAAAAGUUAGUCAAAAGAAGAGGAACACCUCUCGAACGAAUACAAAUGUUGUCGAUCUAUAGAACAUUCCUCCUAUACUUAUCUUCAUUACACAUUUGCGAGUGUUUGGUUUUUUUUGCGACGUUUUUGUCGGAUAAACCUGGGUCAAUGGAAAAUAAACCUGUUGAUUGGGACAAAUGAGAGAAAUUAAUAGUACAUGCUAAAGAAACUACAUUUGGGAGGAGUCCCACAUAUUGGAGUUGUGUCUGACACCUGAAACUUUACUUGUGUUCUAGACUCAGCAAACCGCCACUCAAUGGGGAAAACAGAGGGGCUCGAGGAAACGGUCGAGGAAGAAGUCAAUGCGCAACAAUGUGUCUGGACAAAAUCUCAAAGUGAUAGAUAAAUAAGGGAAAGUAGGUUUUACAAUCCACAACGUGGUAGUUUCCAUUUUUUUUUUAGAAACGCAGUGGCCAUUGGAAACGUUGCUGUGCAGCGCAAUGGCUACCCAGUGCGACUCUCUGAGCGGAUACUUGCAACAGUCGGAUCAGGGCUCAAAUAGCGAGCGUAGUACUGACUCCCCGGUCCCCGGGUCCGAGGAUGACUUGAGCGGACCCCAUGCCUUACCAGACCCGGAGUGGACGGAGGAGAGAUUUCGAGUGGACCGCAAGAAACUGGAAAUCAUGUUAUUAGCGGCCGCUGGGGGACGAGUCAAUGGUGGAGAGGAUUUCUUUCAGAAGGUCAUGGAUGAAACCAAAACACAGAUAGCGUGGCCUUCCAAAUUGAAGAUCGGAGCCAAGUCCAAAAAAGAUCCGCACAUUAAGGUUUGUGGAAAGAGAGACAAUGUGAGGGAAGCCAAAGACCGAAUCAUGUCAGUCCUCGACACAAAGCAGACUAACAGGGUAACCCUUAAGAUGGACGUGUCCCAUACAGAGCACUCCCACGUCAUCGGCAAGGGAGGCAACAACAUCAAGAAGGUGAUGGAGGACACGGGUUGCCACAUCCACUUCCCCGACUCCAACCGCAACAAUCAGGCGGAGAAGAGCAACCAGGUGUCCAUUGCAGGUCAGCCAGGAGGGGUAGAGGCAGCUCGAGCCAAAAUCAGGGAGCUGCUCCCUCUAGUUCUGUCAUUUGAGUUGCCGGCCAUCGUGCAGCCUGACCCAGGCUCCCCCACAGUGCAGCACAUCUCCCAGACCUACAACCUCAACGUAUCCUUCAAGCCCCCCACACGUCUCUACGGGACCACCGGAGUGGUCCGCGGCUCCCAGAACAACUCUAGUGCCGUCAAGAGGGGCACUGCCAUGCUGCUGGAGCACCUGGCGGGAAGCCUUGCCAGUGCCAUCUCAGUCAGUACCCACCUGGACAUCGCCCCUCAGCACCACCUCUUCAUGAUGGGCCGUAAUGGCAGCAACAUUAAACACAUCACCCAGAGAACAGGAGCCCAGAUCCACUUCCCCGACCCUAACAGCCCCCAGAAGAAAUCUACUGUCUACAUCCAGGGCACCAUCGAGUCUGUCUGCCUGGCGCGCCAGUACCUCAUGGGCUGCCUGCCCCUGGUGCUGAUGUUUGACAUAAAAGAGGACAUCGAGGUGGAGCCCCAGUGUAUCACAGCUCUGAUGGAACAGCUGGAUGUCUUCAUCAGCAUCAAGCCCAAACCAAAGCAGCCAAGCAAGUCUGUGAUAGUAAAGAGUGUGGAGCGGAAUGCAGUGAACAUGUACGAGGCCCGGAAGUUUCUGUUGGGUCUGGAGAGCAACGGGGUGUCAUCAGCCAUGUCCCCCUCCACCAACGGCCCCACCCUCAUCUGUCCUGUCGGCCUGGACAUCCUGGCCUCUGCUGGCCUGGGGCUGAGCAGCCUGAGCUUCCUAGGUGCAUCAGUGCCCCAUUCUCUCAGUAGCUCCCCGGCUCCAAACUCUGUUCUCAACAGUCUGAACUCUUCCAUGAGCCCUAUGCAGAACCCCAGCCCCAGCACCCCAUCUCCCUCCUCCUCACUGUGGCCCAGCUCUCUCACCAGCACCCAAGGCUUCUCGUCUCAGUUGAUGAUGCACCCUGUAGCCCAGGCCACUCUGAGCAGUAUCCUGCUCUCUGGGGUCCAGGGGUACACCCAGAACACCCCCUCCCCUCCCCCCGGGCUUUCCCCAAUCGACAAGCAGACCAACGGGGUCCCUGACUGCUCCAAAGGCCCCUGUACCAUCAAUGGACAUGUCAAGCAUCCUGGCUCAGUCUAUGGCAGGAUGUCCAGUGCGUCACUGGCAGACACAGUUCUGAACCCCAACCAGUGUGACUCGGUCCAGGAGGCCAGCGGACACAACCCAUCAGAACCCCGCUCCAGCAAGUCCAACCAAGACCAAGGCUCUGACACCUUUGUGGAAGUGGGCAUGCCCAGAAGCCCAUCUCACUCAGCAAAUGGAAACGAGCUGAAGCAGAUGCUGGCUUCCUGUAAGACGUCAGGGAAACGGCAGGCGGUGGAGCUCCUCCAGGGGACCAAGAACUCCCAUCUCCAGUAUGUCUGUCCAGAGCUACACUCAGACUGCUUACUGUCAGACCCAGAGUCGAGUGCUUCAGACAGCCCAGUGACAGAUAAGAGGGCACCGGGCAGUGAGCGGGCAGCAGAGAGGGCAGCACAGCAGAACGAGAGGGACAGGAUCCGCUUGGCACCACAUUCUUCCUUUGCCAACAUGCAGGGCCAACUAGAGGCGCUUGAAUAUGAACAGAAAAAGCUGUUAGCAACCAAGGCCAUGUUGAAGAAGCCUGUUGUGACUGAGGUGCGGACCCCCACUAACACGUGGAGUGGCCUGGGUUUCUCCAAGUCUAUGCCAGCAGAGACCAUCAAGGAGCUGCGCAGGGCCAACCACGUGCCCUACAAACCCACCAUGAGUACCACCUACGAGGUAAACUCCGACUAUGAGGGCUCCCCUCUGUCUCUUUCCCGCUCCGGCAGCAGAGAGGGGGUGGGCAACGGCAGUGACUCUGACAACUGGAGAGACAGGAAUGGGGGUGGGAACUGUCUUCCCAGCCAUGCCGAAUUCCCCGUGUCUGUCUGCAGUCCUAAGAGGAAGCAGAACAAAUCCGCUGCAGAGCACUAUCUGAGCAGCAGUAACUACAUGGACUGUAUCUCCUCGAUCACCGGGAGCAACGGGUGCAGUCUCCAGUCCUCUCUGAAAGGGUCGGACCUCCCGGAGCUGUUCAGCAAGCUGGGCCUGGGGAAAUACACAGACGUGUUCCAACAGCAGGAGAUCGAUCUCCAGACCUUCCUCACUCUUACAGACCAGGACCUGAAAGAGCUGGGCAUCACCACAUUUGGAGCACGCAGGAAAAUGCUGCUUGCCAUCUCUGGUGUGAAUGACUACGAACUGAACAAGAACCGAAGAAAGCUCUUUGAGGCUCCUAUCAGAUCCUCCUUCCUGGAAGGGGGAGCCAGCGGUCGUCUGUCUCGUCAGUUCCACGCUGACAUGGCUAGUGUCAGUGGUCGGUGGUAGAGCUCCACUCCGCCAGGACUUAACACGACAGAGAACCAGCCUUCAGUGCCUCUCUUUGGGCUUCUGUAGGCCAGUCUCCAGCCUAGCUGGUUCUCAGUUGUCCACCCUCCAGCUUAUGCUGAACAAUAACUAUUCAACUCUUUUUUUUCUUUUUUUUUCUUUUCUUUUUUUAAAGGCCAUAACAAGAAGCCAUAGUUUAACCAGAAGUGCCAAAAAAAGAGAAGAGCCAUCUGUGGUAUAGAAAGUCCAGUGUUCACUCCACAUAGUGGUUAGAUGUUUCUGUGGAGUAUCUAUGCAUGAAGGGUAUUUUACUAAUUAUGAAGGACAGGUACUGCCCAGUAGUUGUCAAUUUUUGUUAAAGGGAACAGGCCAAAUGAUUAGUACAAAAUAAUUACAUUGAUACUGCAUUCGUAGUACGCUGUUUUAUCAAUGACAUGCACUUUAACAAUUUUGCCUGUGAAAGCCUGAUUCCUCAUAUUGGAAUACCUAUGCAUUUUGUAUUAACUCAAAGCACAGAUGUAUUUGUACCAAGCCAAAUGUAAGCACUUAGUGAGAUGGGGAAAUGAAGUCAAUAAAGUGACAUCAACAACUAAACGCAGAACCUAGUGGAUUGACCUUGGACCCCUCAGUGUUUUGAUUGAUUGACAUUCCACGAAGGUCAGUGUUGUAUCCACCAGCAGCUGCUGUAGUUGGGCUGCAGUCUGUAUGUCAUAUGUAUUUAGAAAAGUAUUAUUUUGUAUUCACAUUAUUAUUUUUUAUCUUUCUGAGGUAAUAAUCAGUUUCAUGUAUUUUUUUAAUGUUUUCAUUACUUUAUACAUUCACAAAUGAGUUCCUGUGGUUUCUAAUUAGUUCAUUAUUAGUCUCUUUUGAUAAAUACCUUUACCCCAUAAUCUUUGGUGCUGUCAGGCUGUGUCAUGAGACUGCAGCAGAAAAAGAGAGCAGUCUGUCAAAACAGCAGGCCCCUCUCUUUGAUUCUGUUUGUUGGCCUCCUGUGGUUUUCUUAGUCAUUGUCAUUAUGUCUCCUGUAGUCAUGUCAAUGGUCUUUGUCAGUUAGUCUUUCUGUGGUCUAUAUUCUGUGUUGAAACCUACUAUGUGUUCCUCUAUCUAUUCAGGCGACAUGCCAUUAUUCCCAGACUGUGUGCUUUUAUCUUUCCUUACACUUUAUCCGCUUUUAGAGCUGCGGACAGAGAAGCAACCAACUACAGUGUCGAAUGCCUCCACACUACUACAGUGUUGAAUGCCUCCACACUACUACAGUGUUGAAUGCCUCCACACUACUAUAGUGUCGAAUGCCUCCACACUACUAUAGUGUUGAAUGCCACCACACUACUACAGUGUCGAAUGCCUCCACACUACUAUAGUGUCGAAUGCCUCCACACUACUACAGUGUCGAAUGCCUCCACACUACUACGGUGUCGAAUGCCUCCACACUACUACAGUGUUGAAUGCCUCCACACUACUACAGUGUUGAAUGCCUCCACACUACUACAGUGUUGAAUGCCUCCACACUACUAUAGUGUCGAAUGCCUCCACACUACUACGGUGUCGAAUGCCUCCACACUUCUACAGUGAUGAAUGCCUCCACACUACUACAGUGUCGAAUGCCUCCACACUACUACGGUGUCGAAUGCCUCCACACUACUAUAGUGUCGAAUGUCUCCACACUACUACAGUGUCGAAUGCCUCCACACUACUACGGUGUCAAAUGCCUCCACACUACUAUAGUGUCGAAUGCCUCCACACUACUACAGUGUUGAAUGCCUCCACACUACUACAGUGUCGAAUGCCUCCACACUACUACGGUGUCGAAUGCCUCCACACUACUAUGGUGUCGAAUGCCUCCACACUACUACGGUGUCGAAUGCCUCCACACUACUACAGUGUUGAAUGCCUCCACACUACUAUAGUGUCGAAUGCCUCCACACUACUACGGUGUCGAAUGCCUCCACACUACUACAGUGUUGAAUGCCUCCACACUACUAUAGUGUCGAAUGCCUCCACACUACUACAGUGUCGAAUGCCUCCACACUACUAUAGUGUCGAAUGCCUCCACACUACUAUAGUGUCGAAUGCCUCCACACUACUACAGUGUUGAAUGCCUCCACACUACUACAGUGUCGAAUGCCUCCACACUACUACGGUGUCGAAUGCCUCCACACUACUACAGUGUCGAAUGCCUCCACACUACUACAGUGUCGAAUGCCUCCACACUACUACAGUGUCGAAUGCCUCCACACUACUACAGUGUCGAAUGCCUCCACACUACUACAGUGUCGAAUGCCUCCACACUACUACAGUGUCGAAUGCCUCCACACUACUACAGUGUCGAAUGCCUCCUUUACUUCUCUCUCUAAGCUGCUCAGCAGGGAAUUGUUUCUAUUAGAAUAUAGCUAUUUGGACUGACACUACCUCUCACCUAGGAGGGAACUCACACCAUAGGUGUAAACUCAACUCUAUUUCAUAUGACAGCCCCUAGCCUAGACACAUUUCUACAUUUACCAAGAUUGUGUCCUCAACAUGUAUUCUAGCUUAAAUUAAGAAUAGUGGAAAAAUACAAUUUUCAGGAUCAGUUGUGCAAUCAGAUAUCUGGGAUUCUUGUAAAGCUAUAUUUGAUGAAGUAACAGGAUUACGUGUGCAGUGGUGCUGCUUAUCAUCAAAGGACGAAGUCACUCUGAUCUCUGUAUUAUGUUCAUGUAAAACAGUAUUCUCAUACCCUUUUGUUAACGCUGUCUGACUCUGGAAGGUUUUUGCUGUAACUGUUUUAGAUUGAACCCCCAUAUUAAGCCUGGAAGUUGAUAGUCUUUGUGCAUUCUAUCAUAUAAGACUGUUAGUUUGAAGUACUCUUCAUUUGCAGAAUGUUUGUUGGUAGAUGGUACGGUAUUUGACGGACAGUGCAGUGAACUCUAUGUAGAGCCCAAAGUGAAAAACUAAAUCUUGAAGCUAAAUGACAGUAGGUACAGAAUGCUGAAGCAGAUGUAGAGAGAACAUUUCAAAGCAACUUACAUGCCAAAGCUUUGUUUCCACACAACAGCAACAUCACUGACAGCAGACGUCUUAGCAUCAACCAUUCUGUAAUCACGCACAGAGAGAAGUCACUUGUUUCUCAUGUUGCAUGCUUUUUCUCAUGAAGAUCUGUUGUAUCCUGUGUUUACGCCAUACCACUUCUUCUAACUGAUUUGUGCCAAUGUCACUAUCGUAUCAAUAAGAUAUCCUGACUUUGUUGUCAUUUUUGACCAAUAGUGUCAUUUUCUUUGAAAUCUUGAAAAGACAGGAUAUUAAAAGGGAUUUGUUCCACCAAAAAUAUGGGUCUGUGUUCAACCCUUUAUCACGGUACUAUUUUGAAGCUGUUCAGCAUUGAUUAUGUCAGUGCAGUUAUGUUGAGCCAUGGUAGCUACCCUGCAAACCAGACAAUGUUUUUGUUCUUCUUUUGCUUCUGUAAAGUUAAGCCUGCAGUCAUUUGUGUGCUUGGAGGGUAAUAGAGAUGUCUGUCAAGUGAAUGUUGUUAGUGAGAAUUAUUGCUUUUUUAAUGAGUCAUUUGCAAUCAAAGUUUACCACCAGCCUCCUGUCCCUACACUUAUUAUGUCUUAAAUGUUUGUGUUUAGUUCCUGUUAUUCCCAAAGGGAUACAUUUGAAGGGUCUACUUUAUACAGAGUUGGAUGAAAUGGUACAACAUUUAUAAUGAAUGUAAACCACUAAGGAAUUUAUGUAUGUUUUGCAUCUCUUUUGUAUCCUGUGCAGCCAUGCUUGUUAGCAAUUUAUCUCCAGUUUUGUGUGAGAGAAUGGUACUGUUCCAAAAAAGGUUCUACAGAAGAAUUGAGGAACUUUGCCUAAAGCUCUUGUUGAUAUGAUUGUUGAGAAGGACAUUGUUUUAGAUAUGUUGUUAUAUCUGUAAAUAUAGUACAGAUGUGUUUUGGAGGAGUUAUCAAAUAAGCAAAAAAGUUUGUUCAAAACAUUGAAGUGUUAUUACAAAGGUAAUAAAUGUAUACAGUAA